CACUAUCGCAGCGUGAAUACAUAAAAUUGUUAGUGCUCCCGUUUACCCAAAUUUUUCGUACACAAAAAAGAUUUCGAAACAUUAUUUUGUGUUUAUAAGUAACCAAGUUCAAAGCUAAAUUUCCAAUACGUACAAAUUUACCAAGCCGAGACGAGCCGUUCCGUUUCGUUUCGUUUAGUUCAGUUCCGUGUAGUACUCUUCAGCCAUGGCCAGCUCCAAUGUCUCGGAUUGGGAUGAGCCGAUGCCCACGUCGACGGAGUCGCUGCCCGAGGAGGAGGAUCCGGAUGUGUGCGCAGAGGAGAACGUAAAGAAGCGGCGGGAGGAGGAACUGGACAAGCUGGAGUUGUAUGUGCGGCGCAUGGCCUACCAGCCGACACUGCCGCCCAAGGUAAAGCCCUACGACGUGGCCCUGUCCAAGCCCAAGUUGCACACGCUCAUCGACAACUACGAGCAGUUCAAGGAUGUAUACGAUCCGAAGCUGCGGGCCAAGCGGAUCAAGCGCAUGCUGGGCAAAUACAAAGCCAUUACCACGGAACAGCUGGAGCAGAUCCUUAAGAGCAACAAGACCAAGGAGCGAAAGAAGGAGGAUUUCCUGAAGCGCAAGCAGGAACUGUACUACAACAUGCUGACCAAGCUGGAGCGCCAGUGCCGCACCCAGUACCUGAACGUGCUCAUCAAGAAGUUCGCCAAAUUCAUUUCCCAUCUGGCCACAACGAUGCGCAUUCCGCCGCAGCUGGUGGAUCCGUAUGCGCGCAUGCAGCGCGGCAUCUUCUGCAACAUCCUGUUGGCCAUUGGUGUGCAGCCCACCUCACAGUCGGCCAUCUACUACACCAGCCAGGAUGCCAUCGAGUACGAUGUGUGCCAUCGCCUCGCGCACGCGCUGCUCAGUUUGAUCAUUAAGGCGCUGGACUCGGCAGCCACAAGGGAUCCCAACGAGCUGGCCAAGCCGGCCGACUUGGACUUCGAGAUGGACAAUCACAUCAAGCGUCGGCUCAUGUGCGCCGCCGAGAAGAAGCUGCUGUACGAGCGCCGUCGCAAGAAGCCCCAGCCGCAGGGUCUUGGAGCCUUUGAGAAGUGCACCCGCUAUGACUGCGACUAGGACGGCUCCUUCAGUGUAUUCGUGUUAACAUUUGGCUACUAUUUAUUCGCAUAAGAAGUCUUGCUCACAUGGUC